GGUCUGUCAAUAAUUUUCAAUUGUGUAUUCUGGGCUGAAAAAUACAUAAAUAUUUACAAUUUACAAGCCAAUACAUAUUUUUCUUAAAUUUAUUUACAUUGGUAAAAAUUCUUGUCCGUUAUUAUUCCAUGGCUACGAAGGUUGUGGCCACUGCUACUGUCAGAGCGCUUAAAGGUCGGAAAUUGAUGCCGACGAAAGCGGCCUUGACUCUCACUCCAAACGCAGUAAACCGUGUGAAACAACUGCUAGAGGGAAAAAAUCAAUAUAUUGGAUUGAAGGUCGGGGUAAGGCAACGAGGAUGUAACGGUCUAUCAUACACUUUAAACUACGCAGAAACCAAAGAUAAACUAGAUGAGGAAGUGAAACAAGACGGAGUCACUAUAUUAAUUGACAAAAAAGCCCAGCUGUCACUUCUUGGAACCGAAAUGGAUUAUGUAGAGUCAAAGUUGUCCUCAGAAUUUGUCUUUAAUAAUCCGAAUAUUAAGGGAACUUGUGGUUGUGGUGAAUCGUUUAAUAUAUAGCUGACUAAAUGAAACCUUGAUGUAAAUUCAAAGAUAUGUAGUUGGAUUAACGAAUGUUUGAAAACAUAUUAAAAUCUUUAAAUAUUUAUUUAUAAACAAAUAGCUUAAUAAUAAAUCAUAUGUAAAUAAAUACAAAAUG